UAUGGAGGAAAAUCCUGUUGUAAGUCAACCAAAAGGCAAAAAUUAAAUAAUAACAGCAACAGCAGGAAAAUCAAAAGAUGAAAUGAGAAUAUUUUUAUUUGAAUUUUUUGGAAUGGCUUUAUUUGCAUACGGGUAUAAAUUAAUUAAGAUUUAGAAUCAUAUGUUCAUAAGGUUCUGAUGAAUUUUUAGCUUUGUUUUUCUUUGCAUCAGUUUGUUUAGCUGGUCCAUUUUCAGGAGCACAUGUAAAUCCUGCUGUUACAUUAUCAAUGUUAUUGUCUAGAAGAAUAAACUUUGCUUAAGCAGUGAUAUAUUGGUUAGCUCAAUUUUCAGGAGCAUUAUGUGGAGCUUGCUGUUGCUAUUUAAUUUUGAAUGAAGUAGAUAGCCCAUAAGUUAAGAGUACUGAAUAUUCAUGGAUAUUAUCUGAUGUAAGUGGUGAGGCAUUUGGAACAUUUACAUUUAUUUUAUUCAUACUCAUUCAAACAGAUCCAGAAACCACUUUAACUCCAGGAGGACAGCCUAUGACUACUUAUGUUUUAGUUGCUAUAGCAUUGUACUUUUCGAGAGAAUUUACAUUUCAUUCAGGAGGUAUGACAUAUAUAUUAAGAAUAGGAUGUUUAAAUCCAGGUAUGGCUGUUUCAUUGCAAUUAUUUUAAUCAUUUUAAACAGGAGAUAGGUAAAGAAUGGACUUUUUAUGGGUUUAUGUUGGAGGUCCAUUAGGAGGGGGUUUUGGAGCUAGCGUAUUUUUUGAACUUUUUUAUAAGAAAUAGAUAAAAAGACUCUGAUA